CAGCGACGGUCAGCGUCUACCAAAUAACUAACGGCGUCCUUCGGCAGUCGCUAUCAGGUAACGCAUGGCCUGCUACUCUUCACCACACAUGUUUUCGAGUUGACGAGUGUUUGUGUGAAAGCAUCGUGGUUUUCAUGCUGAAAAUUUCGAGAAAUGGUUACGAGAUCGAGCAAUUUCAUAAAAACACCUCCGAGUUCUAGAGGUAGUAGCCCUUCAAGAACGACAAAUUCAAGAAAUUCUCGACCAAGCCCUUCCCAGUCUCCAAAGGGAAGAUCUCCAACAAGAGCUUCCCCGAAAAAAGUCUUUGGCAGUCCAGAUCCAAGAAAGAAAGUUUCUCCUGAGAUACGUCCAGUGAAAUCAAGGGGGAACAGUCCAGCUAGAAGUGAUUCAAUCCCCGUCUCUAGGGGUAGUGAAUGCGGAAGUAUCGAGAGACUUGAUGAAGACAAUAAUCUCCAAAGAAUAAUAACAAGCUAUAACCAGGAUGAAGAUAACAUAAAUGUUGUCGUGAGAGUACGGCCGAUCAGUGAGAAAGAAAAGAGGGGAAAUGAUAUAAAUGUUAUCCAAUUUCCUGGCAAUGGCCAAAUUCUGGUUGAUAACGAGGACGGCGGUUCUGGUGGUGGACCAAAAUCCAAGCUUUUUUCCUACAAUGUUGUUUUCGAACCUGCAGCAACUCAAGAAGAUGUGCUUCAAUUUUCGGGGAUGAAGAGAUUGAUUGAAAUGUCCUUGGAAGGCUUUAGAUGUACUUGUUUUUGUUAUGGUCAGACUGGUAGUGGAAAGACUUAUACCCUCACGGGGCCUCCUGGCUUAUUUGGACUCAGACCAUCUCCAUAUAGUGAUAAACACGGAUUGAUAUUCAGAUCAUUCCUGUAUUUGUUCCAAUUGAUUAAAGAAAAGCCAGAUGUUCAUUUCAUACUGAAAGCAAGUUACCUAGAGAUUUAUAACGAAAAGGUUAUCGACUUACUUAAUGCUGGUAGUAGUAGAAAACCAUUGGCUGUGAGAUGGAGUAAAAAGGCAAGAGGUUUCUUCGUUGAGAAUCUUUUCACAGUUGACUGUGAAGAAUUAGAUGAUUUAACAGCUGUUCUUGAAGAAGGCCUCAGAAACAGAUCAGUCGGAAGGCAUAACAUGAAUGAUUUUUCAAGUCGGAGCCAUACAAUUUUGACAGUGUACAUUUCAUCGGAACAACCUGCAGAAAAUGGUGUCUUCCUAUCGAGAUCUGGAAAAAUCCAUUUCGUGGAUUUGGCAGGGAGUGAAAUGACAAAAAAGACUCAGAGUCAGGGAAAGACUUUAGAAGAAGCUAAUAAUAUAAACAAGAGCUUGAUGGUUUUAGGCUACUGCAUAUCAUCCCUCAGUGAUCAGAAGAGGAAGCAUAAGCACAUUCCUUACCGAGACUCCAAACUGACAAAACUAUUAGCCGAUUCUCUAGCUGGAAAUGGGGUGACUUUAAUGAUUGCUUGCAUAUCACCUGCCAAAUGUAAUAGAAAUGAAACUGUAAACACCCUUAGAUAUGCAGCGCGUGCGAAAAAAAUUAGAACGAAACCAAUCGUAUUGAUGGAUCCACGUGAAGCUUUGAUAUUGAGUUUGAAGCGUGAAGUUGGUGUUCUACAGAAUGAAAAUGAGCAUCUGCGUUCCGCUCUUAUGGUGUACUCAAAAGCUCCUGGUUCUGCUUAUAUAUCAGAUUCAGAAAUUGAACGCAAUCGAAUUACUACACCACCACAUGUAGAAGUUGAGAAACUGAAAGAACUUGACACUCCUCAGCUAGUGGAACUGUUGAAACUCUAUAUAACCGAAAAUGAAUUGCUCAAAAAAGACAAUUACGAACUCUUCUCGUCCAGGGAAAUGCUCCAGAGAGAUCAUGAGAUGGUAUGCCGAGAGAACGAGAGAUUACUGAAGAAAGUCGAAGAAGUCAAUACAAUAUGUUGUAGGUCACCUCUGAUCGCCGCGAGACCAGCCUUCUCAGCGGAAUUGUUGAACACAUCGGAUUCAGAUGUUGUGGGAAACAUUUGGACCAAUCCAAUGGAUACGAAAAAGGAUGAUUCGACUCAAAUUCCAGCUUCGAUAGAAAGAGAAUUGCAGAAGAGACAAAUUGGAAAAGGAAUGCCACUAAGACGCCAUAAAUCAUGGGAUGACAAACCUAAAUCUGCAAGUAUGAAUAGGACCAAAAGUUACGAAUCAAAUAAAUCUCCGAAGGAAAAAAUGCCUUCUCUUGGAAGAGUAAAACCAAUUGGAUUGGACAGAAGAUUUUCCAUAGCAAAAUAUCAGAAUGGAAGUAUGUCAGAUACCUCAUCAAAAAUGGAUGUCUUUGGUAGUGUAAUUUCUCUUACUGAUGAAGAUGGAUAAAAAUUUGAAUUUGAGUGCUCCUUCAACUAAACCAAUUUUUGGUAAUGAUCCAAGGGUUUUUGGUAAAAAUUUCAAGAGUUAUGAGUAUUUUUGCUGACACAUAGUGUCCUCAGUUUGGUCUGAAUAUAGAAAAGUUGAUAUUUUUUAAAUGAAAAAAAAUCCUGUAACUCUAAAAGUAUUCCACCUUUACCAGUAGAAUAAUUGAUCUGAGAGAAUGUUGUCUUAUAUUAUUUGUUGUAUAUUGUUUGUAGAAUAUGGCAACUAGUAAUAAAGAUUAUAGAAGAAA